GACUCAUACCGCCCCCUUCCGGGCUGGAUCUGAACGCGUAAAUUAUUUUUUUACGGCAACGUAACAUUUAUAUUUUACAAGAUUAAAAAAAAAAAAAAAGAAACAUUAAAUCUACUAUUCUACGGUCUUUCAACUGAUAUAUGACAUAAACCAAAGCAGGAGGGGGCGGAGAUGCGACGUCACCGCAGAGGUUAGCCGUUGUUCUCCGGGAACAACAGCCCUUCUGCAGGACUACUCAGGACUAUGCGCUCACUUUUCGGGUUAAUUGCUGUUGUCGUGACAGCUACGUUGUAUCUGUAUUCGUUGUCGCUGUAUCUCCCGCCUGGACCAGUGAAGAGUCCUCAGCCGGACAGUGAAGGUGAACAUGAAGAAGAGAAGGAGCCCCGUUUCACCUCGCAGGAACCCAGCAGGUUGAAGUUCCCUUCAGACUUGGAGGACCUGAGGGAACUGGCUGAACUCCUGCAGUUUUACAAAACAGAACACACUGGAUAUGUGCUGCUCCUGUUUUGCAGUGCCUAUUUGUACAAGCAGUCCUUUGCCAUUCCCGGAUCAUCGUUCCUGAACAUUCUUGCAGGAGCUAUCUUUGGACCUUAUGAAGGACUGCUGCUUGCCUGUGUGCUCACUACAGUCGGUUCCACCAUGUGCUACCUCCUGUCUCAAGCCUUCGGCAAACAUUACAUUGUCAACCUCUUCCCGAGUAAAGUCUCCAUGCUGCAGAGAAAGGUGGAGGAGAACCAGGACUGUUUGUUCUUCUUUCUGCUCUUCCUUAGAUUUUUUCCCAUGACUCCUAAUUGGUUUUUGAACAUGUCUGCUCCAAUAGUCAACAUCCCGAUCACCUUUUUCUUCCUCUCUGUCUUCAUUGGCCUCCUGCCCUACAACUUUAUCUGCGUCCAGACCGGCGUGAUGUUAUCAGAGGUGUCGUCGCUGGACGACCUUUUCUCCUGGGAGCGGCUGCUGCAGCUGCUGGCCAUCGCCUGCGUGGCUCUGCUGCCCGGAGCGUUGAUCCGCAGCUUCAGCCACAGACACCUCAAACUGGACGCUCAGUCUCAGAAUGGACUUGUUGCAGAUAAGAAGCAACGAUGAUGUGUUGGAUUUUUUCUUUUUAAGCCUAAUGCUGAAAAUGUGCACAUUUGUGUGCAAAUAUUUUCAAUUGUGAGGAAUUGUAGAAUUCCAUUUGCCUUCUAGACAUAGACUGCUUCUUUUAAAAAGACAGUCACGAUAAAGAUAAACGUUUGAUUUUGC